AUGAACAAGUUUUCCUCAGCAGAGGUAUCAGAUGCAUAUAAAUAUUUCAGGCUCUGCGAAGAAGCGACCGAACCUCCAUGCAGCCCGUGUCCACCAGGAGAACCAGGACCACAAGGACCUCCGGGAGACCCAGGUAAUGCUGGUCCACCGGGACAUCCAGGUCGAAAUGGUAACGAUGGGCCACCGGGACCAAUAGGGCCGCCAGGACCACCAGGACCAAGGGGGGAACCAGGACGUGAUGGACCACGCGGCGAUGCCGGACGGCCAGCUCUUAAUUCGCCGGCAACACCCGGCGAUCCAGGUUUACCUGGAGAACCAGGACCACAAGGAUUGCCUGGUGAUCAGGGUCAACCAGGACGUCCAGGAUCGGAAGGACAGCAAGGAACACAAGGCCCGCCCGGGCCACCGGGACAACCAGGCCAGCCUGGUGAACAAGGACCAGAGGGACCACCGGGGCAUCCUGGACCACAAGGCGAACGCGGUAUCUGCCCGAAAUAUUGCUCCCUGGAUGGUGGGGUUUUCUUUGAGGAUGGCACAAGGCGCUAA